AUGGAGGCUGCAUACGAAAUAUUGGUUCGGUGGGUUGGUGGAUCCCUAAGCAGGUAUGGUAUAUUCAGGUACUGUAUGGAUGUGGAGUGUCGAAAUUGCGUCGUUGGACUGCAGGAGUCCAAAAAGAACGAGACCGCACAUUUCCCCAACGGCGGAGAUCCACAAUCACACUUGGCGAAAUGGGUGGGGUUAGAAAGCCAAAGGGGGAGGGGGAAUAAGAAGGUGCGCCAGCCUGCAAGGAAUUUGAUUGAAUGGCUUGGCUUCGUGGCGCCUGUAUGGAUGGAUACUCAAUCUUGA